AUGAUGCUUGUCACAGAUCAGUCAGCAGAGGUAGACAGCCAAGACAUGUCGACUAAAGCCCUUGGGAACUUUGUACAAUGCCCUGUGUGCAGAACGAGCCACGUCCCCACCAACGGAGCACUGAAGGAUGGCGUCUACGCUUCUACCUGUGAAAACUGUGGCCACUUCUUCAAGUUCAAGGCCACAGGUCCUCUCAAGUCAUCGGUCAACUUCACCAUUAAUGGGACUUCCUACUCAGUUGGCAACCAGUAUGCCGCAGCUCUGUCCCUGAAUGAGUUCAUGAGGUCCCAGGGUGUGUCCUAUGGCACCAAGGUGAUGUGUAUGGAGGGAGGGUGUGGCGUGUGUCUCGUCACUACCACACUGUAUGAUCCCAUCACAAAGGCCGUGCAGACCUACACAGUCAACUCGUGUCUGGUUCCUCUCUACACGUGUGACGGGAUGCAAGUGACAACCAUUGAAGGUCUCGGCAACCCCAGGGAUGGCCUACAUCCGAUACAAGACCGUCUGGCACAGUACAAUGGCUCCCAGUGUGGCUUCUGUAGCCCCGCCCAGGUCAUGAAUAUGUAUGGGCUGCUGAAGAGAACUCCCAAUCCGACCAUGCAACAAGUAGAAAAUGCCUAUGAUGCCUCCAUCUGCAGGUGUACUGGGUACCGUCCAAUCCUGGACGCCAUGAAGUCGUUUGCUUCUGAUUCUGCACCAAAUCUCCCCGGAGGUACCAUUGACAUAGAGGAACUGGACAAGAAGAUAUGCAGUAAAACCGGGAAGACCUGCACAGGACGCUGUUCAUCUGAGGGACAGACUGACCCGGAGCACGUCCCCCUCCACAUUGUGCUGCAGGGGUCACAGUGGUACAAACCCACCACCAGACAGCAGCUGUACGCCCUCCUCGGCCAACACAAGGGGGACAACUACAGACUCGUGUUCGGAAAUUCAGGAUAUGGUGUCUACAAAGAGAUCGGUCCUUGGAUGUAUGACGUACUGAUAGAUCUGCGUGGCAUCCAGGAGUUCUAUGACAUUUCAAUUGACUCCUCCAAGGUGCUUUUUGGUCCCAGCAUCACUCUGACCAACAUGAUGGAGGUGUUUGAGAAAAACAGCACCAACCCCGGUUUGUCCUACUUCCGGGAUUUCGCCAGCCACGUGGCCGUCAUCGCUAACACUGGAGUGAGGAAUUUGGGCAGCUGGGCAGGUAACCUGAUGCUGAAGAACCUUCACACUGAGUUCCCGUCUGAUGUCUUCACCAUGUUCGAGACAGUCGGAGCAACUCUGUUUAUAGGAUCGAGUGAUGGCUCAGAGAAAUCAUACAGUCUCAUGGACUUCCUGAACCUCGACAUGAAGGGCAAGGUCAUCCUGUCUGUCAUGCUUCCAACAUUCCCAUCUGGAGACGUGUAUGUCAAGACCUUCAAGAUUACCCCCAGACACCAGAAUGCCCACGCCUAUGUGACAGCAGGCUUCAGGAUGCAGCUGGACAGGAACAACAACUUCACACUCAAGACAAAACCAUCCCUAGUGUACGGUGGCAUCAACAAGACACUAGUCCACGCUAGCAACACAGAGGCGUUUCUCCAGGGUAAACAGUUGGGAGAUCCUGCAGUCCUCCAACGUGCUAUAGCGACUCUGUCGGCGGAGCUGGUCCCCGACACCACCCCUGGCUUGUCCAGUACAACCUACAGGAAGAACCUGGCCGUCUCUCUGUUCUACAAGUGUGUGCUCGGCAUGUGUGGUGAGAAGGCAGCGGCAAGAUUCCAGAGUGGAGGCACAAACUUGAUGCGGCCCGUGUCAUCCGGCACUCAGACAUAUGACAGUCAUAAAGAUGAAUACCCCCUGACUCAACCUAUGACAAAAGUGGACGCUCCCCUACAGACUUCAGGCACUGCCCAGUACAUCAACGACGUCCCUCCCGUGCAGCGUGAAGUGUGUGCAUCAUUCGUCAUCAGCAACGUCGGCAACGCUGACAUCGACACCGUCGACACUUCUGCAGCUCUGAGUUAUCCUGGAGUUCUGAAGUACAUCUCUGCUGCGGAUAUACCACAAGGAGGCAGGAACAGUUUCAGUGCGACAUUCUUCCUUCCCGAAGAGAUAUUCUGCAGUGGCCGAGUUCUCUACAGUGGGCAGCCAAUCGGUCUCAUCGUUGCAGUGGACAAACUAUCAGCGGACACAGCAGCCAGCAUGGUGAAAGUUACCUACAAGAACGUCCAGCCUCCCAUCAUUACAAUGGAAGAUGCCAUUCAGAAGAAGUCAGUAUUUCCAAAUGUUGUCAAAGGAAUCAAAGUUGGAGAUGCUGCAGCUGCAAUAGCUGGCUCGGACCAUCAAAUCACCGGCCGGAUCCAAAUGGGGCAUCAGUACCAUUUCCAUAUGGAGACACAGGUGAGCAUCUGCUACCCAGCAGAGGACGGGGUGGGCGUGAGUCUUCUCUCGUCAACACAGUGGUCGGAUAUGGAACAAAUUGUUGUUGCCAAGCUCCUCAACAUCCCUGAGAGCCGUGUCAACGUGACAGUCCCUCGUCUCGGGGGAUCUUACGGAGCUAAAAUUACCCGCGCCGCCUUACCCGCCUGUGCUGCAGCCCUCGCCACACACAUCCUGAGAAGACCCGUCCGCCUGGCGAUGAACUUCCAUACCAACAUGAAGACCAUAGGGAAACGGUUUCCCUAUUUGGCGGAUUACACAGUGGGCGUCAACAAUGACGGGAAACUGAAUGGAAUCAAGCUGACUGCGAACGCCGACUGUGGAGUGUCCCCCAAUGAUAAUGCUUUCAUAGCAUUCGGCCCAUGCAUGGACAAUGCCUACUACUGCCCCACGUGGGACUUCAAAGGUGUUCUCUUGAAGACAAAUACCGCAGUUAACACCGCUUGCCGAUCACCAGGGUCGUGCCCCGCCAACUUCAUCAUGGAGUCGAUGAUGGAACACGUCGCCAAAGUCCUGAACAAAGACCCACUGGAGUUCCGGAAACUCAACCUGUUCAACAAAGGCCAAACAACAGCCGCCGGAAUGUUUCUGAAGUAUUGCAACAUCAAAGACAUGGUUGCUCAACUGGAGACGUCAGCCGAUGUCCAGACUAGGAAACAACAGGUGGCAGCAUUCAACCAGGCCAACAGAUGGAAAAAGAAGGGCAUUUCAGUUGUGCCACUCCGCUUUGACAUCCCCUACACCCAAAUCAACUACAGCGUCUACCUGACCGUCUACCACGGCGAUGGCUCUGUGGCCAUAUCAAUCGGCAGUGUGGAGAAUGGACAGGGAAUCAACACAAAGAUGAUGCAAGUCUGUGCCUUUGAGCUUGGUAUCCCCCUGGACAUCAUCACCGUGAAGCCAAUGACCACUUUUGUCGACACAAACUCAUUUGCAACCGGAGGCAGUGUCUCCAGCGACGUGAACGCGUUGGGAGUCAUCCAGUGCUGUCAACAAUUGAAGACCCGGAUGGCUCCGGUGAAAGCCGAGAUGGUCAACCCUACCUGGCAGCAGCUGGUUGCUAAGUGUUACAGCGAAAGAAUGGACCUGUCAGCCAGGAGCUACACUGAUCCAACGGGCGAUAGUACUAAAUACAACAUCUACGGUGCAACCUGCACGGAGGUCGAGGUGGACGUUCUGACCGGGGAGAACCAGAUAAACAGAGUGGACAUCCUGUAUGACUGUGGGGAGAGCAUGAACCCUGAGAUUGACAUUGGACAAGCCGAGGGUGCGUUUGUGAUGGGCUUGGGCUACUGGAUGACCGAACAGAUGAUCUUUGACCCCACGACUGGCACAGCCCUGACGGAUGGCACAUGGGAAUAUAAGCCCCCACUGGGAAAGGAUAUCCCUAUCGACUUCCGCAUUCAGUUUCUGAAGAAUGCUCCCAACCCACGCGGAGUCCUGAGAGCUAAAGCUGUUGGUGAGCCGCCCCUGUGUAUGGCUGCGUCAGCGUUGUUUGCUGUGAAACACGCCAUAGAGGCUGCCAGAAAGGAUAUUUCACAGGACACUUUCUUUCCUCUCGACGGUCCUGCAACAGUAGAUAGGAUACAGACAGGAUGUCAAGUUAACAAUAGUCAUCUGGUGUAUGGGAAUUAGAUGAGUCUACCAUGGGAUCUAUAUCAGACAGCCAUGGGACAUAGAUCAGACAGCCAUGGGACAUAGUUCAGACAGCCAUGGGACAUAGAUCAGACAGCCAUGGACAGAUCACUGACGCUUUCAAUCAACCGAUGCUCCACACUUGCAAGUUGUGGCAUAGGAAAUGGUUUUCCAACGAACCUCGAUGCUAAACAGAACGAGACCUUGCUUUUUGCGAUUUAUGAGACUUAUGAUUGAGAAUAUAUGUUUCAAAUAUUGUUUCAAAUGUGUUUUCAGUCCGUGAUUAAAAUUCAUAUUAAACUCUGAAAUGAAGAGCCAAAUAAUUUUAGGUGGAAACCAAAACGCAUAAUUUUUUAGAACAUCCAACAUGUUGGUUGUUUGUAUUACCUGACGUCAACUUAUCUUUUUCAAUUUUUGGGAGGAGCAGAUUUUUUUUAAUCAUAAAGUGGAAAAUGGGCUUAUGGACUUUUUUUGCACUGGUUGAUUGGUAGUUCAUUUAUACAUCUGUGAAUGAUAUCCUGUUUUCAAAUUAUGGAAAAACAUAUUUGCACAUUUUAAAAUGUUUGUAAUCGAACUUUUGAAAUUUGUUUAAUAAAUUAUAAUACAACAUGCAGAAAUACGCUGUGGUUUUUGUUCUGUUUUUAAAAAAUAAACUAAUUUGUGUCA